AUCACGCACACUGAGACGGAGGAGAGGAGCGAGGGAUUCAGCGGAGGACAAGAUAGCCCUGUCAAUACAGAUCCAUGGAGUGGAGUAGGAGAGCUAUCCCUGUCUCUGGGAUCUUCCUACUCUUUUGGAGGGUCACCAUGCAGAUAGACAACGUGGCAUUGAGAGGAGUGACUGCUCAGUCUUCCCUUUUUUAUUGGGAAAAUAGUCCAAGUAAACUCAUCGAUGGAAACCACAAUUCUAACUAUAACUAUGGUGGAUCCUGCAGCAGCACUGCAUUUAACACCAACCCCUGGUGGAGAGUGGACCUGCUGGAUGUGUACAGAGUGACAGCUGUCAACAUCACCAACAGAGGAGACUGCUGUCCUGAGAGACUUGAUGGUGCUGAGAUCCAUAUCGGUAACUCACUGGAGAACAAUGGCAUCAACAACCCCAGAUGUGUUGUCAUAUCCCACAUCCCAGCAGGAGAGACCUACACCUUCCAGUGUAAUGAGAUGGACGGUCGCUAUGUUGUUGUGGUCAUCCCUGGACAGAACAAGAUUCUCACUCUGUGUGAGGUGGAAGUAUUUGCCACAAGAAGUGCUACAGCUGACAACGUGUCAUUGAGAGGAGUGGCUGCUCAGUCAUCACAGUUUUUGGAUCGCAAUGCUCACUAUGCAAUUGAUGGGAACAGAAACACAAACUAUGGAUCCUGCACCCACACUGCACAGGACACCAACCCCUGGUGGAGAGUGGACCUGCUGGAUGUGUACAAAGUGACAGCUGUCACCAUCACCAACAGAGAUGACGUUCCUGAGAGACUUGAUGGUGCUGAGAUCCGUAUCGGUAACUCACUGGAGAACAAUGGCAUCAGCAACCCCAGAUGUGAUGUCAUCUCCCACAUCCCAGCAGGAGAGACCAACACCUUCCAGUGUAAUGAGAUGGAGGGUCGCUAUGUUGUUGUGGUCAUCUAUGUCAGGAAGGAAUAUCUCACUCUGUGUGAGGUGGAAGUAUAUGGCACUGUCAAAACUCCAGAGUCUUCCACAGAAGCCCCCAAGUCAAAGAGAACGGUGGUGAGGAUGAAGAUCCAAUCAGAUGCUGAUCUGACAAACCAGGCAGUCGGUGACCAGCUCCUACAGCAGCUGCAUGUAGAGCUCGUGAAGCAGGGGGUGUCUGACUUUCAACUGCGCUGGAGGACUCAGCCAGAUGGACAGAUUUUCCACCGUGAGGAAGAAGAGGAGGGUGGAUCCACACAGACAGGUGUCUGUGGAACUGAAGGGGGCUAGCCUGGUGAGAGACUCUAAGGAGACACAACAGUUUAAGAUUGGACUGUAUUGAUGACAAUCAAUCUACAGUAAAACUUUAAUUAAACCCAGUCUCAUACAGCUAUGCAACAACACAUUUCAGCAACUAAACGCCUGUUUCAAAUAAACUCAGGGUCUAAAUCAAAUCAAUGUUAUUUGUCACAUACACAUGGUUAGCAGAUGUUAAUGCGAGUGUAGCAAAAGUGCAAUACAUGGUAUAAAAUAC